AGGCGGGGAGCGGGGGCUGCGCGGGAGGGGGAGCCCCGGCAACAGGAUCAGAACCUGGGCCUGUCCCGACUCUCAGUCUCCUCCAUCUCCUCCAGCCUGGGUACCGCUGCUCCCAACACAGCCCCUAGCGCCGCCCUGGGGCAAUGGGCCAUCUCAGACGAUGACCACAAAACUUUCCACCGCCCCCUGGGGCUGAUGCUUCCGGAGGAUGCUGAGGCUGAGCUGAGCUGGCCCCACAGAGCCGCCCAGAAAGCGGGGACCAUGGAGCAGCUGCCAGCCCUGAGCACCGUCCUCUGCACUGUCCUCCUCAUCCCCAUCGGGGGAGCAGGUCUCAGAGUCCUUCAGAGCCCUGCUGACCUCCGAGCGUCCCCCGGUGAGACCGUGACACUCAGCUGCUCCUUCGAGAACACACAGGGCAGCAUGGCCAAAGCGACCUGGACCAGAGCACCCGGAGUCGUGCUGGAUUCUGCCCAUCCCUUCUACAGGGGGCGGCUCAGCAUGUCCCACCUGGAUCUGCUCCAGAAAGGGGAAGUCGCUCUGACCCUGUCGGAGCUGGAGCUGCGGGACUCUGGUCUCUAUCAGUGUCACAUCAGCAUCCGCAAGGGAGAGAGCGGGACGGGAGCGGGCACCGAGCUGCUGGUGACGGGGAGAAACCAGAGUGACACAGAUAAAGUCCCAGCCCCCUCAGGGAGCUGCGCCUGGGAGCUCCUGUACCAGGUCAGCAUCGCCCUGGGGCUCCUUCUCAUCCUUGGCCUGGCGGCAACCCUCCUCCUGAAGAGACACCGAGCCCCACCCCACUCGCAGCCCCGCCAGCGGCAGCCGAAGGGCCAGGGCAGCCAGGUGGCCGCGGAGAGCGAGAGCCUGCACUACGCAGAGAUUAAAAUCCAGACCCCAGGACGCAGGGACCACACGUCCAACCACUCCCAGCGGCGCUGAGUCCCUCACACCCAGAGCCAUGCAACCACGAGGGAAUUCCCCACAGGAGGAGACCCUCACAGGGUUUGCGGGACAGCAGAAGUAAAUGAUGGGCGUGAAGGUCCAUGUGAACCCCAACAAAACCCAACCAGCUCUUUCUACGGCAGGGAAUAAUCUACUAGGGCAUGGUCUUACCCUCAGGAAAUGCCUUCUCCGGUGCCUCCUGAAGUACUGUAUAUAUCACGCCCCUGUGCGUUAUUUCCCUGGCCUCUCCGGAGUGAUUGCAACGCCUCCCUAUGGAGCAUGAUCAGUGGGGGUAAUUAACACAGCAUCUGGUCCCUCUUCCUAACUGAGUUCAAAGAGAAACACUAGCCCACCUCAGCAUUGUGUGGGCGGUGGAAUCGGUCUGAAUGACCAG